GGCGGAGACGGGCAGCUGGCGGGGCUGCGGGCGGCAGGGGAGCGGGCGGGGAGCUCGCGGCGGGCAGCCUCACGCGUCUCCGCCCUGCCUGACUCCCCCCCCCCCCCCUUCCCCUUCCCCUUCUUCCCGCCCGGCGGCGCCUCGCCUGCUCAUCACGUGGCGGCUCCCCCCGGCCCCCCGAGUUCCCGGCGUGGGGAAUGGCCGCGGCGUGACUGUGACGCAAGCAGCGGGCGGCAGCGUCCCCGAGCUCGCGCGGGCCGCGUUCUGCCGGAGUCCGAGCGGCGGCAGGAGCGGCGCGAGCCCGGCCCCACCGAGCAGCAGCACUUUGGCCGGCAGAGCCCCGGGGACUUUACUGCUGUACUGACUCACCCAAAAUGUGCAUAGAAGAAUAAUGGAAGCCCCUGAAUACCUUGAUUUGGAUGAAAUAGAUUUUAGCGAUGAUAUAUCUUACUCGGUAACUUCUCUCAAGACUAUCCCAGAAUUAUGUAGAAGGUGUGAUACACAAAAUGAAGACAGAUCAGUUUCAAGCGCUGGCUGGAGCUGUGGCGUUUCAACUCUUAUUGGAAAUGCACAAAAACCAACAGGAAUUGCAGACAUGUACAGUAAGUUCAGACCAGUGAAGAGGGUUUCCCCACUAAAGCACCAGCCGGAGAGCUCCGAGAACAAUGAAAGUGAUGACCAAAAGAACCAGAAGGUGGAAUACCAGAAAGGUAGCAAUUCUCACCAUGCAUCUCAGAAUGAUGAUCAGUGUUCAGGAGAUGGAGAGGGCCUUAAAAGUAAAAGCAUUGAGUCUGGUGUUUUGCUUGGGGAGCUGGAGCAUUAUGACCUGGACAUGGAUGAAAUUUUGGAUGUGCCUUACAUUAAAUCAAGCCAGCAACUUGCUUCUUUUACCAAGUUGGCCCCAGAGAAAAGGAUUUUGGGUGUAUGUUCAACAGUGAAUGGUCUGAGUGGCAAGACCUGCUCUGCAGGAAACAGUGAGAACUUGCCAGCCAGCACAACACAGUUUUGUGUUCUGUCCCCUGUGAAAAGCUCUCAGAUGAGAAAUGCGCAGUCCAUUGUCCUUAAUCAGCACAAGCAUUUAGCUGAAGAAUUAGAGCUUUCCCAGCCUCUAGUUAAAUGUAGCUCAGUCCAUGAAACUGAAGCCCAGAGCAAGGGCUUCCUCAACGGGACAUUUACCGUUCCCCAAGCUCAUAAAACUGAGAAGACAAUGCCAAACUGCCAGCUGAGGACUUUUCAUCUGCAGACAGCCGUGACAGAAAACAAACUUGAUGAACUGAACAGUAAUAUGAACUGGAGCAGCUCAGGAGGCCCAGAGGAAAGGGGUGAAGACAUGAAAAAAAAUAAAAGCAUCUUAAACAUUGUGAAAGAAGGGCAGAUAUCAUUACUGCCACACCUAGCAGCAGACGAUCUGGACAAAAUUCAUGAUGAAAGUGAGAACAAUCUUUUGCACAUAGCAGCAUCGCAGGGACACGCAGAGUGCUUGCAACAUCUCACUUCUUUGAUGGGAGAAGACUGUUUGAAUGAGCGGAACAAUGAACAACUAACUCCAGCUGGGUUAGCAAUAAAGAAUGGUCAACUGGAGUGUGUACGGUGGAUGGUGAGCGAAACAGAAGCCAUUGCUGAAUUAAGUUGCUCAAAAGAUCACCCAAGCCUUAUUCACUAUGCAGGUGGCUAUGGUCAGGAGAAAAUACUUCUGUGGCUUCUCCAGUUUAUGCAAGAACAAGGGAUUUCUUUGGAUGAAGUUGACCAGGAUGGUAACAGUGCAGUGCACGUAGCUGCUCAGCAUGGCUAUUUAGGAUGUAUACAGACAUUGGUUGAAUAUGGAGCAAAUGUCACUAUGCAAAACCGUGCUGGAGAGAAACCCUCACAAAGUGCUGAACGACAUGGACACACCAUGUGUUCCCGUUAUUUAGUGGUUGUGGAGACAUGCAUGUCAUUGGCAUCUCAGGUUGUGAAGUUAACUAAACAACUAAAGGAGCAGACAGUAGAACGUGUGACAUUACAGAACCAACUCCAGCAGCUUUUAGAAGCCCAGAGAUCGGAGGGCCAAUCACUACCAACAUCCCCAAGUUCACAAUUGUCCCCUCCUUCUGGCAAACCCCAGUGGAAAGUCUCUGAUGCAGAUGAUUUGUCUCUACCAAAAAGUAAAUUGAACACCCAAGAUGGGAUUCAGAUUCUUGGCAGCAUGGGAACUUCCAGCCAUACUCGGUCCAAGAUGAAAGACGAGGACUCAGAUAAAAUCCUGCGCCAAUUAUUGGGGAAAGAAAUCUCUGAGAAUGUCUGUAUGCAGGAGAAGCUGACAUUGGAAUUUCAGGAUGCUCAUGCUUCCUCCAAGAAUGUGAAGAAGAUUCUACCGGAGAAAAGGGAGCUGAAGUUAGCCAGACUGAGGCACCUUAUGCAGAGAUCCCUCAGCGAGUCUGAUACAGACUCAAAUAAUUCUGAGGACCUGAAGAAUACUCCCGUGAAAAGAACGGACAAACCAAGGCCACAACCGAUAGUAGAAAAUGUUGAAAGCACUGAGAGUCUGCACCUGAUGAUUAAGAAACACACUUUGGCAGCAGGGCGCCGGUUUCCUUUCGGCAUUAGAGCUUCCAAGUCUGUGGAUGGCCACAGUCCAUCUCCCUCUUCAGAGAGCAGUGAUCCUGAUAACGAACCCCAAUAUCAGUCUGGGACUGCAUCUCAGAGCCAAGUUUCUGGAGAUACCUCUCAGUCCAGCACGGACAGUGCCACUGCUCAAAAGGUUGCUACUAGUCCUAAGAGCGCCCUCAAGUCUCCCUCUUCAAAGCGCAGAACCUCCCAGAAUUUAAAACUCAGAGUAACCUUUGAGGAGCCCGUGGUGCAGAUGGAGCAAACGGAGAUUGAACUGAAUGAGGAAAAGGACAAAGACCGGGGCAAAGCACCUCAGCGGGCUCCAGCCAGCACUGAACCUGGGGAUCAGCUGAAAAGGCCAUUUGGAACAUUUAGAUCUAUAAUGGAGACUCUGAGCGGGAAUCAGAACAACAACAACAACAGUCAAACAGCAAACUUGAUGAAAACCUCAUCAACAUUGCCCUUUACCUCAUUAGGAAGAAAGGCUGCAGAUAGCAAGGGAAAUCCAGCAGCUCCUACUAAAGGAAAAAAUAAGACAGGGCCUUACUCCAGCUACACCAAUCUUUCCUCUAGCAUGCUGAUUGAAGACCAUCUGUAUAACUAUGCAUGGCAUAAUGACAUCAAUAGGAUAAGUCUGAAAUCAUACAGCCAAAAAAGUAUUGAAGAGCCAGAGCUGCAGGAAUUCUUCCUCUAAAUCACAUCUCAUGGUGUCUCGUCUGCCUUCAAACAUGGUUUGAAAUGCCUGAAAUAUCUUCUUUUAAGAACACUAAUAUGAGACAUAACUCUCACCAGCAAAACAAGACUGUUAGGAUGCCUUAAAUUUGUAGCAGUUAGACCAUAUACAAAAUGUUUUUAUGCUAUGUAUGUGUCUGUAAUUUGUUCAUAAGAUAUACCGUUCAAAGGCAUGGGGGAGCAAAAGUAGUGGUUUGGAAAUUGCAGUGACACGGGCAACCUCCAGAAUGUUCAUCUGGCCACUGAACACAUUUUGUACUUCAUCUAUUGCAUGGAUAUACUGUAAUAUGUCUGUAUUUCCCUUUCUCAAUGACAUAUACUGUAAAAAUUUCAGCCAGGACUCUGCCUGCUGAGCUCCUCAAUGAGACCAAGGCAAUAGCAUUGUUUUUUUUUGUCUAGUAUGUUUUGUCUGUUGUUUCUAUUUUUUGUAAAAAGAAAAUAAAAAUAGUGUUAACAAUA